UCUUAGGACAGCUCAUGUUCCGGUCUUAAUUUGAAUAAAACAUUAUUAAGUGGAAUAAAAAAAGGAGUGGGUGAAAUUUUUUGUGAAAAACGUUUUUAGUAAAAAUGCACGGAGAAUCCCCAGAGUUAAAAAGAUGUUGUUUCUGCUUGCCUUUAAGAAGAGGCCUGAUUGGUUGGGGAUAUACAAAACUGGUGCUCAACAUUUUAUCCAUGAUCUACUUCGGAUUCGUGAUUAAUUAUUAUGCUUUUAAUCCUUGGAGACAUUUGGAGGCCAAAACCAUUGUGAUUUUGUCAUUUAUUGAAAUUUGUUUACUACUUGAUAUGGCCUUCGAUAUUAUCUUUAUUGUCGCUGGACACAAGAAAAAUGUGACUUUACUGCGAAUAUCCUACAUAUACAAUAUGGUGUGGCUGGGCUUACUAACACUAGGCAACUGCUUCCAGCUAUACAUGAACCUCAGUAUUGCUUACAGAUUGUGGUCUUAUAUCGAGUACCGCAAAUAUAUUACCUUCGAUUUGCUCACCAAUUCAGGACUAGCCUUCAGUCUUAUUUUUGUACAAAUAUACCUGAUAUUGCUGAUACGCAGUGAGAUGAUAAAACUACGGCACCAGACCUUAGGAAUGCAAUACACAAACUACGCAGCAUCAGGCGAGCCGCAGUGUACACUUCACAGCACAUCUGAUCAAUACACGGUUGGGGAAAAAGUUGUGGAGAACUGUUUCACGGAUAAGAAAACAGGCGUGGAGAACUGUUGUACGGAUAAGAAACCAGGCGUGGAGAACUUUUGCACGGAUAAGAAACCAAGCGUGGAGGACUGUUGCACGGAUAAAGAACAAGUUGUGCAAAACUGUUGCACGAAAGAGAAAUGUAAUAAAGUUAAAGGUUAUGUAGCUUUAUAGACAGAAGAUACAUAUAAACUGUUUUAAGUAUGCAUUACGAGUAUAACAAUGAAAUUAAAAAAAUAUUAAACAAAAAAUAUGUUUAUAUUUGAUGGACUGUGUUACAAGAAUGGGACACAAAAUUGAUUAUGAAAUCAAUAAAUUAACAUUUUUAAACAAUAUUUGGGCAGUUUUAUUUGGAUCCCUCACAAAGCUCAGGAUUCUAUAUCAGAAUUCCUCGCUGCUCUCGGGAGUCAAUUAUAGAAUCCGUCGAUUCGUUCAGGAUUCAAUUCAUUUUGCUCCCUUGUUACAUAAUGA